AUGGGGUCAAUCCCUUCAACACUUGGAAACCUCACAAAAAUCACUUUCUUGGAUAUCUCAAGCAACAUGUUCCAAGGGCAAAUUCCAGAUGUUUUUGGGAACUUAAACGAUCUAAGUUCCAUGGACUUUUCCCAUAAUAAUUUCAGUGGGUUCUUACCAUCAUCAACAUUUAACUUCACCAUUCUUACUUUCAUGGACUUCUCUUCCAAUUUCCUUCAGGGCACCCUUCCCAACAACGUACGUGGACUUUCAUAUCUAAGAGAACUCCACUUAAAUGAAAACUUGCUUAAUGGCAGAGUACCAGGUUGGUUGUUUAGUCUACCAUCUUUGAAUUGGUUGGACCUCAACUCUAACAAACUUGGUCCCAUUGACCCAAUUCAAGAGCCUAAUCUAGUCCAAUAUGUCGAUUUGUCAGAGAAUGAAAUCCAAGGACCAAUUCCAGAUUCUUUCUUUGACCUUGUGAACCUUAUUGAUCUUCACAUUUCAUCAAAUAACUUGAGUGGCAAUAUCAAGUCAUCCGAGCUUGUGAAGCUUAGGAAUCUAAGGUUACUUGAUCUUCCAUAUAACAGCUUACUAUCAUUAACUAGCUGCAAUAAUGGUGCCAAUUCUACACUGCCCAUGAUAAUUGAGUUUCAUUUCUCUUCUUGCAACAUGCAACGUUUCCCAAGCUUCUUGAAAGCAUCCAAGUACUUGCAAGUUUUAGAUCUUUCUAAUAACCAAAUUCAUGGUUCUAUUACAAAAUGGGAAGCCGAAGGAUGGGAGAUCUUGAUUACUUUGAACUUGUAUAUGAACUUCAUGAUUGGCAUAGAGCAAGUUCCUGGGAAGCAUCUAUCAGCUCUCGAUCUUCGUUCAAAUUCACUUCAAGGACCACUUCCAGCUUUACCACAGUCACUGCUUUAUUUCUUAAUCUCAGACAAUGAGUUGGUUGGAGAAUUACCUCCUACUAUUUGCAAUUCGAGUUCUCUUGUUGUACUUGACUUAUCCAAGAAUAAGUUGGGUGGGAUUGUUCCAGACUGUCUUGGUAGGCUUCCUAAUCUGCAAGUUCUUGUCCUUCGAUCUAAUAGAUUCCAUGGUGACACACAAAAUUUCAAUGGAUCAUUUACCUUCAGUAGCCUUCGAAUGAUUGAUCUCUCUCGAAAUGAGUUCACUGGUCACAUCCCACCUGAGCUAUUUGAAAAUUUAAAAUCAAUAAAAGAUAUUCAGGUAGACAAAAGUAGUCCAAAGUACAUGGGAGGAUAUUAUUAUCAAGACUCUGUGUUGGAAAUUGGCCAUCCAUGCUGCUGUUAUGUUUUUGUUGAGAGCAUACGGCUUAUGGCUUCAUCAGGCUUCUCACCAGCUGCACCACCAGUCUUCAAUGGAGAAGCCUAUCACAUAUGGGUGGUUAAAAUGAAGACACCAAAACAGGCAUGGGAUAGACUGAAGGAGGAGUUUCAAGGAAAGAAUUUGAAGACACCUGUUGAAGAUAGUAAGCAAAAAUGCGAGCCUGUCAAAGGUGUAUGGUUGCAAGCAGCAAAGUUGAAGACACUUGUUGAAGACAGUAAACAAAAAUGUGAACCUGUCAAAGGUGUAUAG